AUGUACUCAAAACUGAAGUUCCUCCAAGGCAAUUCGACUACCUCAGUUCGAUCAGCCUCUCAAUUCCUCAUAGACCUCCGAGGUCGGAGAAUUCUAUCGGACGAAAUCAUGGUCUCCUUCGAUGUGACGUCGUUAUUCACAUCUAUCCCACCAAACGUGGCCCGCGAAGUCUUGCGCAAGAGACUUGAAGAGGCGUACGAUGAGACUCAGAAUGCCCUCAAAAUUGAACACCUCAUGAGGCUGUUUGAAUUCUGCCAACAAACUUUCUUCACUUUUGCAGGAGAGACCUAUGAACAAAUCAAGGGAACCCCAAUGGGCUCACCGGUCUCCGGUUUGGUGGCAGAACUGGUCCUACAGGAGUUGGAAAAUAUUGCCUUCCUCCAACAUGAACCGGUGUUUUGGCGACGUUACGUUGACGACACGUUCGUCAUCGUAAAGAAGGACAUGCUGCAACAUUUUCACAGCCUGCUCAACGCAGUCUUCCCGGAUAUAAAAUUCACGAGAGAAGAUAAACAGGAGCAGCAGUUGCCCUUCCUGGAUGUGCUCGUCAGACGAAACCUUAACGGUGAACUUGAAACGACGGUUUAUAGGAAGGCAACGAACACCACACAGCUUCUCAGUUUUCACAGCAACCAUCCGGUGGCUCACAAACGAAGCUGUAUGAAGACGCUCUUCAAACGGAUCCAAAUUCAUUGCAGCAAACUGGAAGAUAGAGCGCGUGAGGUCCGUUAUCUCCGCGACCGAGGGCGUUCAUAA